GUUAGCGUGAGAGUGGAAACAUUUAGGUGUUGUUCAGUAGACACAGAGCAACUAUGGACCAGGACACAGCAAGGCUUAUGUUUGAGGAAGGCGGCACGCUCGUCCUCCUCGGAAUGCCUUAUGGGACAGAGUUUGGCAUUGACAUGAACUCGUGGAAUAUCGCAGAGAAAUUCAAGGGAGUGAAGAUGAUACCGCCGGGUUUACAUUUCAUCUAUUACAGUGCUGUGAACCGCGAGGGAGACACAGCGCCAAGAACAGGCUUCUUUCAUGUCUUCAAGCAGCGGGAGGUCUUAGUCAGGCAUUACGACCCAGCCACUGAGGAUCUCAAGCCAGAAGACACCGAUGAGGAAGAGGCAGCCAGAAUCCGCUCCAACUUGCGCAAUCUCGACCGCAACCUCGGCGCUUACCCCAUAGAAUCGUGGAAGAAGUGGGUUUCUCUGUCCCAGCACGUCAGUCCAGCAGAAUUAUGUAGGAUGGAACCCAUCUCUGGCAAGAUCUGCUCUGUGCCCGAAUUAAUCCAUCAGAAAAGUCCAUCCGAGGAAGAGGACAUGGCGACCUCCCCCUCGACCUCUGGCAAGUCCACUGCAGGAGUAUUCAGCAACCAUUCUUACCUGAAGGACCCUGACAAGGGGACCCAGAGCCUGGGGCAGGAUGACAAGAUUGAGCAGAUAACAGAGUACAGUGACUCACCAGAAGAGGAAGGUUCAGCCCCUAAGAAAAGGUUGUUGGCUCUUCCCAACAUGGUACAAAAGCCUGGUACUGAGAUGCGCUUCAGUAAGUUCCCAGCGCGACCAUAUCGCGAGGGGGCAACGCCCAGUGAGAUAACAAGAUACAGCCUUGACUCUUCUUAUAGCAUUGGUCAGCUGGUUAAGGAUAUUGAGAAGCCAGAGAGUCUGCUCGCAGAAUUGCAACUGGCUUUCAUCUGCUUCCUCGUGGGCCAGGUGUGGGAAGGGUGGGAACACUGGCGCAAGUUAGUGCUGGCACUGUGUAGCGCAGAGGAAUUCAUUUGCCAGAACCCAGCCUUGUAUGAGAAGUUCCUCUCGGCACUUCACUUUCAGGUUCAUGAGGUCCCUGAAGAUCUCUUCGUCGACAUAGUAGAAAGCAACAACUUUCUGGCAUCGGCAUUGACAUCUCUGUUCGCAAACAUCAGCGACAACAGUGAUAGCCUCCCAGCCUCCUUAGUGACAAAGGCUCGCAAGUUUAAAACUCAUAUUUCGAACAAAUUCAAGUGGAAUCUUACAUUCGAAGAUGAUGGGGAAGAUGCACCUGUUGUUGUUGAGAUGUGAAUGAUUGUCAUGUUAUUGCAAUUAUACUACAUUCUGUUUUGUAUACAUGUUCCUAAUGUAGGAAUAAAGUACUAAUAAUCUAA